AACCAGUGGCUUUGUAAUGUGCAGCACGGCUACUUCAAAGAGCACACGUGAAUGAAGCGCACACAGGACCGAGGUUUAUUGCACAUCCGGGACACGCUCAUCGCUUUGGCGCUCACUUUUCUUUCUUCUUCCCAUGUUGGGUUAUUAAAUGUGUGAUCCUCCGUCGCGUGGGUAGGUGUGCCGCCGGACGAGUGCUCGACUGGGCUGCGUGGAAAAGCGCGAGUCGCGGUGCCUCUAAGAGAGCCUCCGUGAUUUAAGGAUGCUGGUGGGAAAUGCCUGGAGACAGAGAUGACGAGAUUUGUCAAAAGGCACUUGAACUCCUCACGGAUCUUUGCUCCACGGGGGAAGUGAAAAGCGAAAACUGCCUGGAUUUCAUCUACUAUUUCCGUGAUUUGGCCAGGCCACGAUAUUCAGACUCAGAUGUGUCGGUGAGUCUUCUGUCUCUGGUAGUGACAGCCUGCGGCUUGGCUCUAUUUGGAGUCUCCCUCUUCGUCUCCUGGAAGCUUUGUUGGAUACCAUGGAGGGAGCGUGGUCUAUCCCCCACAACCAAGGAGCCCCACGGUGGGCACCUCAACCCGGCGAUGAGCCCUCUGCCCUCCCAGCCUGCACCAAGGCAGCCAGUCUACACUGCCGUGGACCCCCCAGCACACAACCGCCAUGAGUCGUCACACUGCUCCAUUGCCAAGGAGCACGCUCCUAUGGAGUCAGUUGUUUCUGUGGAGGCUCCAGUUACGCCUGUAUCGCCUCCCCCUGUGGUCCUGGCCCCACCUGAGGCAGCCAUGAAGAUCAGUUACACUUCUCCAGACAUUCCACUCGACGCCCAGCAGGAGACAAGUCGGGAAAAUGGGGUUCACACCAACCCACGCAUUCAGAGACAGACGACAGAACCUUCCUCGUCCGGGAACUCCAUGUCAGAAAUCGGACAAGGCUCCAUACGCCGACAAAUGAACCUAUCCAACCCCGACUUCAACAUGGCCCAGUUUCAAAGGCAGGACUCCCUCACUGGAAUGGGACUGGGCCUGGGGCGCCUCAAACCCGAGCUCUACAAACAACGCUCUCUGGAGGGAGAUGACGGCAGUCACAGAGGCAGAGGCUGUGGACGCCUCCACUUCAUCCUCAGGUUUGACUGCGACUUGGAGCAGCUGAUUGUUAAAAUCCACAGAGCGGAGGAUCUACCAGCCAAGGACUUCUCCGGAACGUCAGACCCUUAUGUUAAGAUCUACCUGCUGCCUGAUCGGAUGACCAAGCAUCAGACCAAGGUGCAUCGCAAGACUCUCAACCCUGUGUUUGAUGAGGUCUUCUUGUUUCCCGUGGCCUACUCAGAGCUUCCCACACGUAAGCUGCACUUCAGCGUCUACGACUUCGACCGAUUUUCCCGCCAUGACAUUAUUGGCCAAGUGGUUGUGGACAACUUCCUGGAUCUGGCAGAUUUCCCACGGGAGACAAAACUCUGCCGGGAAAUCAAAUAUGUCUCUACGGAUAACGUGGACCUGGGCGACCUGAUGUUUUCUCUGUGUUACCUACCAACUGCAGGGAGGCUGACCAUCACAAUGAUAAAAGCUCGCAACCUGAAGGCCAUGGAUAUCACAGGGGCAUCUGAUCCAUACGUCAAAGUUUCUCUCAUGUGUGACGGUCGCAGGUUGAAGAAAAGGAAGACCUCUACAAAGCGGAACACUUUGAAUCCGGUCUAUAACGAAGCCAUUGUUUUUGAUGUCCAACCAGAGACCAUAGAGCAGAUCAGCCUGUUGGUUGCAGUCAUGGAUUAUGACCGUGUCGGCCAUAAUGAGGUCAUUGGCGUGUGUCGGGUCGGCAAUGAUGCAGACAACCUGGGUCGAGACCAUUGGAGUGAAAUGCUUACAUAUCCCCGAAAACCUGUUGCCCACUGGCAUCCUCUUGUCGAGUACCAGUGUACCACAGGUAGUAGCCAAGGAGGAUCCUGUAACUCUCUGAAGGCGCCUCCUUCUCCAUAGAGGGUCUCGCUUAAGCUACCAGUGCUGACAAAUACUGCACACACACACACACACACACACACACACAAGCGCACAACACAAUAUCCAUUGUGUUGGAGGAUGAAGAGACAUAACUGGACCAGUUGCAUGUUGAAUGAUCACAUUGAUGGAUUUUUUUUUUCUAUAAUGUUUGAAGAGAAAAAAAAACAUAUGCAGACAUUUGACCUCUGUCUUCUUAGAUUUACACUUUUUUUUAGAUUGUCUCUUGUUACACGUCUUUAACUGAGGUGAGUGUGUAAUUUGCACUAUGUACUUUACAACCAGUCAAACUGCCUUUCUCUCUUUACUUUUGGUGGUGAAUCGGUGCAUGAGGUCAUAGCUUGUUGGGAUAUCUCCUCAAUUGUCUGUGUGUUUGUUCUCUCUUCUUUGGAUGUAUUGUUCUGUUUGUUGAUGUGCAGUGAAAGUUGAUUUAUUCAGAAAGUGGUUGUCUGUGAAGAAAAAAAAAAGUAAAUAUUGUCAAUAAGUAUAAUUCAAUCAAAAAAGCCAUUGUCGAUCCGAUUGUAUCAGCAGGUUGUUGUUUUUUUAAGCAUGUCAAUUGUUUUUCUUUUUUUCUUCAUGGCCACACUGAAGAUAAAAAUUUAUUUUUUAAGAUUUUAAAAAGGUAAAUCUUAUAAGAAUAAACUCUCAUCGCAAAAAAAAAUUAAUUUAUGUUUAAAAUAUCUUGCAUCAAGAAGAAGAUUGUUGAAAAAAACAAUUUUGACAAACAACAAAAUAGUCAAUGUUUUGUCACAUCAAAACCAUUCAAUGUGAUUAUUAGAUUUUUUUAAUGAAAAAAGAGCUACAAAGACUUAAAUCACAGAUUUGGGGUUUGAUUUCAUAUUAAUUUGAUAUUAUGACAUUAUCUCAAUAAUGCCGUAAAUGAAGAUAAUGUGCCUGCUGAUUCAUUUAAUAUAUGUUAUUAUUUAUUAUAACUUUAUUUUCUAUAGUUUUUUUUUCUUAAAAAAAAAAAGUAUUUUUCCUUUUAAUAUUACCAAUUCAUUCUGGUGACAUGAAAUAGUUUUUUUUUAAAUUGCAUUUUUUUCUUCCAUUUGGCCUGAAUGGUAACUCUAUUAUUACCCCAAUAUCAACAAUAGUCAUGCGAAUAUUAAAAUAUCACCAAAAAAAAGAAUAAAUAAUGUGUCAAUUAAACGGUUAUAAAUGUUUUUUUCUGUAUAAUCACAAUUAUGUUUCAACAUUUACGGUACUUGAGUAAAAAAUGCUAAUCUUGUACACAACUCUAACCUAAGGUAUGUGUUUUUUUUUAUUUUAUCACAUCAAAUAAAAUGGGACCAAUAAUACAGUUUUUGAUAGCAUUUUCAUGAAAGUAAUUUAAACACUUCUAUUUUUGUUAUCAUAAUGAACAGAACAUAUGAGUAGAAGUUAAAAAAUAUAUAUACUCCAAAGGCAUCAGUGCCUCAACUGAUGUGGAGGACACAAUUGAUACUGAAAUAUCAAUACCUCCGAUACGGCACACACUAGAAAAGCACUCGAGCGUUCAGACCUCCGCCAGGCCUUACCUCCCAAUAGUAAAACAGUCCUGAAUCCAGACGGUGAUCCGCUUUACCCCCAAAAUGUAAUAAUUUUUUACCUACCCCAUUUCUGACAUUUCCAUGCAGGAAGUUUCAUGAGUUUCUCCAGCGGACUGAAAGAAACACAGUGAACUUGUGAUCGUAUCUGUCAUCCACUGUCUUUGUCUCCGUGGGUGGAGGCGGUUAAUGUAAAGGGAAGGUAACAUACUGUAGUAGAAAUACUCCGGAUCAGCACCAAAAUCUGAUCAGUUGUUCCCUGAUAAAAAUCCCGCCCAUAAUGUUUUGAGUUAUGUUGUUCACUAUCAACUAACUAACAGACAAACAAACCCCAACAACCUCUUGGCGUAGGUACAAACAGCAGUGGUGUUUUAAUAUUUGCAAUGCCAAGGUUCACACAGGCCAAAAGAAUGCUUAGUAAAAGUAACUUUUACAAUCAAGGCAAUUUGCAGCAUGUAUGGCUGUUUAGAGUAAAUGUAUACUAAAUAAAAGGCAGCCAAGUGGAUUUCUCAGACAGGGAAUAGCUGCGUGUAGAAGCAGACAGCAAAAAAAACAAUAACACCAUUUUAUUUUAAAACAAGCAAAAUACAAACAUUAUUUUUGCAAUUUUUCAUCAUGCAGUGAGUGAACCAUUUGUUGCAAAAUAGCAGGCCUACUUUUAAUUUGGUGAGUCCAGCCUUAAAAAAAACCUUUGGAUGGUUCAUGAAUGAUGUGUGUAAUGGAUCUGUUUCGCAUGCAAACAGGAACUGAUUGAACAUUUGGGGGUAUCUGUAUAUGGAAAGUAACAGCAAUUAAUAUAUGUUUUCUGCUCUUGUCCAAGGCGACUGAUUAUGAUUGGAAAUGAAAACAUUGCCUUUUUUCUUUCAGUUUGCAGUCACCUGGCGUCAUUAUCUAAUGUAUUUGUAUUUACUUACAAUGUUUGGAGAUUGCAACAUCUCUCCAGUGUGCCCAUGUCGAUGUUACUUUUAAGCUAGUGCUGUUCUGUUUGACCUGUUCUACAGUGAGUGGUUACA